AUGGUGGCAUGUGCACCGGAGGAGACUAUUGCAGAGAGCACUAUGUGUGAAGCGACAAUUCAGGUGGAGGGCAGAAGUUCAGGCAAAGCUGAGGACCUAGGUAAGUGGAAAUGUGGUAUCUGCAGUUCUGUUUUUGAGAGCUUUGGGGAACUGGAGUACCUGGUGGUAGAUGAAGCCAAAAAACUAGUGAUGGAGAAACAGACAUCUGUUCCUCCACAACUUGCUAGUUCUUUGGCAGGAAAGUACAUAAACAAGAAAAUGUUGUCAGAGCAAAUGUCUGAAGGGACAGAACCUUCUAUAACAACAUUCACUGGAGAAGAAACUGUCCAAGGGUUACCAGACAUUGAUCUACAGAUGUGGGGUAAGGACAGGAAGAAAACAGACAUGGCUGAAUUUUGGCAAAUGGUUUGCUUAGUAUACAAAAAAUGGGUGUAUUUGGCAAGUGGUUUAUUAGAGCUUGUAAACGAAAUUCACAGCAGGCAGAGAUGUGGCCUUGUGGAACAAAAGCAUUUUAUAAUGACAGAUAUAUCACAAAGUGAUGAUUCCGCAUUCACUGACUCGUCUCUCUUUGCUCACUGGGGCCAGGAUCUCAGUCCCGAAAACAGGCGGAUCGCACUGAAACAAUUCCAGUACUAUGGCUACAACGCUUACCUAAGUGAUCGCUUGCCGCUGGACAGGCCCUUGCCCGACCUUAGGCCUAAUGGGUGCAGAAACCUUACAUUUCCUGAGAGGCUUCCUGAGGUCAGCAUUGUAUUCAUCUUUGUUAAUGAAGCGCUCUCCGUGAUUCUGCGCUCCAUCCAUUCAGCCAUUGACCGGACUCCUGCUCACCUGCUCAAAGAAAUCAUUUUAGUUGAUGAUAACAGUAAUAACGAAGAACUCAAGGAGAAACUAAAGAAGUAUGUCGAUGAAGUGAAUGCCCGUAAGCCUGGUUUCAUCAAGGUUGUUCGACACAGCAAACAAGAAGGGCUGAUUCGAUCUCGAGUUAGUGGAUGGAGGGUAGCCACAGCACCAGUAGUUGCUCUCUUUGAUGCCCAUGUGGAAUUCAAUGUGGGAUGGGCUGAACCAGUGCUCACCAGGAUAAAAGAAAACAGAAAAAGAGUAAUUUCUCCAUCGUUUGAUAACAUUAAGUAUGAUAAUUUUGAAAUAGAGGAGUAUCCCCUCUCAGCACAGGGGUUUGACUGGGAGCUGUGGUGCCGAUACCUGAACCCUCCUAAGUCAUGGUGGAAACUGGAAAACACAACUGCUCCAAUAAGAAGUCCUGCAUUGAUUGGAUGCUUCAUAGUAGAUAGAGAGUAUUUCCAAGAGAUUGGCUUACUGGAUGAAGGCAUGGAAGUAUACGGAGGAGAGAAUGUAGAACUCGGGAUCAGGGUAUGGCAAUGUGGAGGAAGUGUUGAGGUUCUGCCUUGCUCCAGGAUUGCCCACAUUGAAAGAGCACAUAAACCAUACACAGAAGAUCUAACUGCUCAUGUCCGGAGAAAUGCACUAAGGGUAGCUGAAGUCUGGAUGGAUGAAUUUAAGAGCCAUGUCUAUAUGGCAUGGAACAUACCCCAGGAGGACUCCGGAAUUGAUAUUGGUGAUAUUUCUGAGAGGAAGGCCUUGAGGAAAAAACUCCAGUGCAAGACGUUUAGGUGGUACCUUGUCAGCGUGUAUCCAGAAAUGAGAAUGUAUUCAGAUACUGUCGCCUAUGGGGUGCUGCAGAAUUCCCUGAAAAGUGAUUUGUGCCUUGAUCAAGGGCCAGACACAGAGAAUAUCCCAAUCAUGUAUAUCUGCCAUGGAAUGACACCACAG